AACAACAGGAAGGGCUUUCACAUGCCCUAUAUAACGAACCCAAGACACUGCCCCUAACAUGAUUCCACUAUCGGAUUCUGACAAAUAACUCCUCUCUUCUCUAUUCUCAAGUCUCAUUGUCUGUCGUAAUUCCAAGGAAAGAGGUUUUGGUUCUAGGCAAGCUAUGAAUUACAUGUGGGCUUUCAUAACCAGUUGGUUCACACCCGCCUAUAUCUUCCUCCCCCUCAACCUCAUCAUAGCCACCAUCUUUCUCAGAUCCCGAUUCGGCUCUCAGAGAAUACCAGAACAGAAGCAACUCGGUCGAGUCACGUCCGUUCUCGACCGAGUCAGGUCCAACAACUUCUCCCUCUACAAGUUCAAGCAACCCAACGCAGACCCAAUCGCCGAUCACUUUCUGCUGCCUACGGGUCCCAAGCACGUCAACACCCCGUAUCCCAUUCCGGAUCAUCCUCCGACCCAAAUCGCCGGGCCUCCUUUCCUGUUGGAACGCCUCAAGUCCAUCAACCUCUCCUCUCUCUAUCCAUCCGACUCGUCCGCCAGGGAAAGCGAAGUUCAUCACCCUACGGAUCUGAACACGGACGCAGACCAUUUGGUGAGGCGGAGCAAGUCGGACAAGGGCGUCGUCGGAGCUCAUGAAAGGCCAAGGGAGAAGAUAAAGAAGUCUAUGAGCGAGAAAUCGGCGGUAGGGAGCUCCGAGGAGAAGGUGACGGCGUCGUUGGAGGAUGACGAAGAGGUGGACGUGAAGGCCGAUGAUUUUAUUUACAGGUUUAAGCAGCAGCUGCGGUUGCAGCGGCUCGACUCUCUUCUUCGUUACAGGGAUCGACUUGCUUAAGAGGAACUAAUUAAAUUAAAUCGAUAGUUUUAUAAUUUUUCGUUUGCGCUUUCAGCUGAUUAUACCCAAUACUUGUUGGUCUCCCAUGUCAAGAUCGUGACGGUAUUUCGGUCAUUUCAUCCCGUAAUGGAUAACUGAGCAUGGAGAAUGGCAGUGAGAAUUCAACCAAGUACUGCAUGGACCUUCUGCUCUCAUGGCCAGCGUUUCUUCUUCGACGAACGUCGUAUUUGAUAGAAUUCCGAGAUAGGGUCAUAUUGGUCAUUUUGAACCUAUAUAUCUGGUUUAAUAUUGGGGGUGAUGAAACGAAGAGUACUCUAUAUAGAAGGUUUAACCAAUUAGUGUCUUUACUUUCUUAUGUAAUCGUUUGGUACUUGCUUAAAGUUACUUUGCAUGCAUGGUCAUGGAUGUUGAUGUAAAAUGUCCCCAAUGGCCAAAAUUGCAUUGGAUGCGCUUAAAUUCUGUGGGUGAUCAUUUCUGUCAUUUUCUUCCUGUGUCAUGUCAAUGAGGAGAGGCAACGUAUGAACGUCACA